UGCCGCCCCCGCCCCCAGGGGGACGCGCGCAAGGGGGGGCGGGGCGGGGGGAAGGGAAGGGGCCGCGCGCGCGGCGGCGCCCGCCCGCCCGUCCACCCCAGCAUGCACCGCGAGCGCGAUCACGCGCGCCGCCUGCGCCAAGCGGUCCGGGCGCCCAGGCUAGGACGCAGUGAAAUGGCAGCUUCUUCUUCAUCCUCUUCAGCCGGCGGAGUCAGCGGCAGCUCUGUCACGGGAUCUGGGUUUAGCGUCUCGGACCUGGCGCCACCCCGAAAAGCCCUCUUCACGUACCCCAAAGGAGCGGGAGAGAUGCUGGAAGAUGGCUCAGAAAGAUUCCUCUGUGAAUCUGUCUUCAGCUAUCAGGUGGCCUCUACAUUAAAGCAGGUGAAACACGAUCAACAAGUUGCACGGAUGGAAAAACUAGCCGGUCUGGUGGAAGAGCUGGAGGCAGAUGAGUGGAGGUACAAGCCGAUAGAGCAGCUCCUGGGAUUCACUCCCUCCUCGGGCUGAACACGUCUGGAUCGCUGCUGUCAGAGAGGAGGAGAAAGGCACUCUCUGGCCUGAUUUCAACAUGCACGGCCGUCUAUCUGGAUGCUCACAGCUGCAUCAAGGGGAUUGGGCUUUUCUUUUAAGUUUACAGUGGGGAUCCCCAUUACAGCUGCCAGUAAAUUGAAACGACAGAAACCUCUGAGCCUUCUGCAGCGUAACCAUCUGGCAGGACUCAGUUUCUGUAACUUGCAAGAUAGGAUCAGUUUUUAAAGAAGCUGGAGAAUAACCCGAUUGUUUGUGGGGAAGGGAAGACCUAAAGUUUGGGCAAGACUGGGGUGGGGGAAGGCGAGCCAGUAACUUAGUCUGACCUUUCCGUAGACCUCCUAAGAGAGCCGGCAGCUUUGAAGGGCCAGGUGAGCUGUCGGCUGGGACGUGCGCGUCUCUGCCGCUCGGGUCAGGCCUCUGUAGGGCAGAAGUACGAAGCACUGCCGAAAACACUCCUCAGUCCUAGCUGCUGUUUUUGCAAACGAAUAGGAAGAAAACUGUCCUUGGUCAGUUCAGAAGGGGCAAGCGGAGCCGCUUUCCCCAGUGGUAUCUCCCCGCGUUGCUGAAGCUGUUUUAUCUUCGCCGCUGUUUCUCUUUUGUCUGCACUGAGGGUACUGGUAGGACACUGCUCCUCGAUGCAGAUGCUGUAACUUUAAUAUCCUGACGCUCUUUUCCCCUUCGUUAUAUACUAGAUUGUUCUGUGAUAAUAAACGGUUUCAAAGGCAGAA